UACUUAUUUCCAGGUCCGACCGGCAUGGAUGAGGGUCUGCUGAACGACCUUCUCGAGUGCUCCGUGUGUCUGGAGCGGCUCGACACCUCCUCCAGGGUGCUGCCCUGCCAGCACACGUUCUGUCUCAAAUGUCUGAAGGUUAUAGUGGAAUCCCACAAGGAGCUGCGAUGCCCAGAAUGCCGCAUCCUAGUAGAGACGAAGGUCGAGGAGCUGCCCCCGAACGUGCUGCUCAUGAGGAUCCUGGAGGGGAUGCGGAACAAUGUUCCACGCAAGCUACCGUCGCAACGGACCAAUAGACAUGCACAGGGGCAGCCUCAGCAGAGCGGUCAGAGCCGGGACAAGCAGCUGCCGCCGCACGGUCGCGCGCUCUACGACUUCAUAUCCAAGGAACCUGGUGACCUGUCGUUCAAGAAAGGCGAAACAAUACUGCUGCAGAAGAAACUGGACGCCUUCUGGUACCAAGGAGAGACCUCCGGCCGGACCGGGGUCUUCCCUAUCACUUACCUACAGGUGAUAGUCCCACUCCCUGUUCCGACGGCGCUAUGCAAAGCGCUGUACGACUUCCGAAUGUCCGCGCCGGAUGAAGAGGGCUGCUUAGCGUUUGAUAAAGGGGCGAUAAUAACAGUGCACCGGCGAGUGGACGAGAACUGGGCGGAGGGUCGGCUAGAACAGCGGGUCGGGAUCUUUCCCAUCGCCUUCGUGGAGCUCAACCAGCCCGCGAGACAUCUCAUUAACAGCACGCCCUUGAAUCGGCCCGUACCGCCCUUGCCCGAGCACGCCAGGGCGGGCCAUUCGGAACAUAGACAUCAUGCGCAGCACUCCCACCGCUACCAACCGAUGUCGAUGUCAACGCCAACCACGAACGUCGGCAACUACCAAAACAUGCCGGCCAUGAGCCACUCCCACCCCAACUACCACUCCCCCCCACACAUCCUCCCCCCACAACACAUCUCACACACCCUCACACCCAGGAACAUACUCGAACCCGCUCAGACCAAACACUCCCUAGACCUAAUACAUUUCACCAACGUACAUAACAAAACGCACGGAUCACAAGCCACUAUGAUGCAAAGCGUAUCAAGGAUAGGCGAAAAUUAUGAUCGACUCAGAACAGUCAAAUAUGACAGUUAUAACUCUACGCCAGUACACAAAGCUGAUACUACAUAUCAAAACGUCAGAACGCAUGAACAUUUCCCAGUAUCUGUAGCCAACUUCAAUGCGAACAACGUCAGUUCGGAUUCAAGUUCCAGCGUGAAUACAGCCUCAGUUGUCAGUUCAACGACAACUCCUAAUACCAGCUCCAACGAAAGUACUUGUGAAAGCGCCGAACCGAGCCUGCCAAGCUCCCCUGAUAACAAUACCGAGCGAAAUGCAACCGUAAUCGCUUCUAAUACGACUCAAAAUCCCACUGAAGAAGAAAAUGAAAACCCUGACUCGUCUCUCAACGCUUCUAUGGGAGUUCUAAGUUUGAACGAGAGCUCGACCGCGACGAAUACUUCUUUGAAUGUAUCAUUACCGCCCGCUGAGAGUCCAAAAUUGAAUGCAUCUGCAAACAGUAAUUCUACAGCGAAUCAUAACGAUAGCCAGGAGGGUCCAAGCAAUUCUGAGCCUUCACGACUUGACGCUCCUUCUUCUUCGAAGAUUUUGAAUCGGCCUAGUGGUCCGGAUUCGUUGUUAAACUUCGGUAUAGGGCUGCAGGCGGCUCUGUCGCCAUCUCACGGGAAGGACGGGAACUAUAUGGUGGCGAGGAACCAUAGAGACCAUCAUCAUAGAGAAAAGAGGCAUAGUCUGACGCCGUCGUCGCAUUUGCAGGCCAACCAUUCUACGCAAAACAGGCAUUCGGCGGAAAUCUUAGCGACGAGUUUACUGGACCAAGCCGAGCCGGAGCCGCGUCGCCGCCGCCGCAGCAGGAGCGGCGAGCGAGCGCUGCCGGCCGCCUACGUGGCGCUCUACCCCUACAAGCCGCAGAAACCAGACGAGUUGGAACUGAAGAAGGGAGGUGUCUACAUAGUGACGGAGCGGUGCCGCGACGGCUGGUACAAGGGCCGCUCGGAGCGCUCGCAGCGCGCCGGCGUGUUCCCCGGGAACUACGUCGCCAGGUCCAAGCACGAGAAGCCCCAGGUUGCUGCGCCGGCUGCGGUAGUGAAGCCGGUGGCGACGCCGGCGCCCGCCGUACUAGCGCCGCCCGACGCGCCGCCCAGAGCGCACAGUCCACUCGCUCAAGGUCAACCAUUAUCUUACCCUUGGAGUUCCGCAGUUCAGAACCAAAUUCAGCAGAGCACACCCAAAUCGGACAAGAGCAAAGACAAAAAAGGCGAAAAGUCGAUAUCUACCGGCGUGAGCUUGAUGAAGCGGCUGGCCGCCAUGAAGAAGUGCAAAUCCCCGCCGCCCGUCGGCUACAGUAUGGACAACCCCGUGUUCGAGGACGCCGCCUCGUGCUCGCUCACCACCAGGUUACAGCCGCAACACGUCAGGUCGGGGUCGUGUCCGUCGCAGCUGCUGCGCGCGCUGCCGGCCGGCGCGGGCGCGGGCGCCGCCGCCGAGCGCCGCCACAAGGAGCGCGUCCUGCACGACCACCGCCUCAGUAGAGUGAACACCGAGAGCCCGUGGCAGUCGCAGCACCGCAAGUCGCAGUCGCUCGACGUGACGGCUACGCGGCGGGACAGGCACGCGCAGCCCGUCAAAGAGAGAUUUCGCUGCAUAGUCCCGUACCCGCCGAACUCGGAGUACGAGCUGGAGCUGAAGGUUGACGACAUCGUGCUGGUCUCCAAGAAGCGCGGCGACGGCUGGUACAAGGGCACGCUGCAGCGCACCGGCCGCACCGGCCUCUUCCCGGCCUCCUUCGUGCAGCCCUCGCCGCAGGACUGACG